GUACUUUCCUUCAUAUCCAACGUUCGAUUACACGGGUACAGGCGUGCAUACUCGAUUAUGAUUGGUUUAUACUGUUGGAAAGAAAUUGUGUACUUGAGCUGGCCUGUACUUUGACUUCCCGCGUUUUUUCAAUCAUCCUUGCGUAAUAGCGGUUGUUGACUUGAUUUCUUGCAUUUUGAUUGGCUUAAUCUGUGACAAGUUCGUUUUACAUCCGCUCAGAAUUCAUUACCUGUUUGUGAUUGGUUUAGAUUCUCCUUUGGAUCGGAAUUCAUCGCACUGAAGCCCGCCAUUGAUGUCUAUUUCUCAAUUGCGCUUGCAUGGUUAUACGAUUAGGCCUAUCAGGUGUUUAUAGUUCUGCUUGGUGCGUGCACGUGUCUCUGUAAAAUGUUUAUCAUGCUGGGUGAAAAAGUACCAUUCAAAAUGGCCGUAAUUUCGUUCAAGCAUCUCCCACCGGGCAUGCUGAUUUUCUGUAGUAUCUUGAAAAUGUGUUCGUCAGCAGUGGAGAAUUGUGAACAAGGAGAGUUCUUCAGCAAUUUCAUGGGGCUGUGCUUGCCAUGCUCAAGGUACUGCCCAGGCGCUGAUGAGUGCCUAACAUCAUGUCCUUAUACGCCUACUGAAACGGACGUUUUGUCACCGGCGCCAACAUUGGCUGUUAACACGACCCCUCCACCACAGUCCAGUGAGACAGUCCUACCUUCUACCAAUUUUGUUCUACAAACCAGUAACUCAAAGGCAACACCAGGAAUGGACAUCACUUUCCCAAAGAUAGGUGAAGAACAUUACGAACUUCCUUUCUGGCUUGUUCUAGUUAUCUUCAUUAUUCUAACUGUCUUGAGUAUUUUACUCUACGUAUGUCUACGUUAUCAUAAGAAAAUGAAGAUGCCGGAAUUGUGCUGCUUCCGGUCUUCUAGUAGGUCAGCCGAUAUACAUGAUAUAGAGCUAGGUGAAAUGACCAUUAGGACAAACCCCUUGGACAUGUUGGACCUAGUCCAGCAAUCCCACCUUGACGAGGAUGACCUUGUCCAAGUUCAUGGCCUGGAUGAACCAGGACUCUCAAGACAAAGCCUUAUUUCCACAGAAUGUUCUCAAGAGGUUGGCACAGGCCUUCCUGAGGUCCGCCCCUUCCAGUCGGCAACCAUACAACCAUCCGGUACAGCUGUACGGGAAUGCGAAACAUACAGAGGAGCACGUCCAUCUGAUCAGGGGUCUCAUCAACAAUCAUCCUCACAGAAAACUCCGGAGACCCUCAGGAAAAUAACCGAUGGUACAGUUGGGGUGGUGACUAUUGGAGCCUCUUGUUUCCAUCCACCAUGCAACAUGGUUCAAGAUAUCCAAUGGAAUCACCAAUCGGAACACGGGGACUGACAGUAUCUUAAAACGAGAUGGCUUCUUGUUAGAAGCUGAUAGUAGCACGUCGAUGCCGAAGAUGACCACGACGAAGACCGCCAAGAAGAAUACAAGUGAUCAGGACAUCGAUCGAAAGAAAGAAUAGCAAUGAUGUCUUGCAACUAUAUGGUAUAUCAAUGGCUAAUUAUAAGCUAAUUAUAAUCAAAACAAUGAGAGCGGCAAAUUAUGCCUUUAUUAUAGAUUACAAUGAUCAAAUGAACGAAAUCUGAACGUUUCUGUUAGGAUAGAUCUUAUGUCCUUUCUUCAAAAUGAAAUAGAGGAAUUUGGUAAUCGAAAUUGACAAUUUGUUACUGUACUAUUGCCACUUCUUAAAAAAUGUUCUGCAUUGUGUAGUGCACUGAAAGUCAACACGAUGGAAAGAGUUUAUCUGACAUACGAGCUGUCAAAGUCGGCUACAUAAGCCACUUUUUUUUUUUAAGAAGCUGUAAGAGGUUAUUAUUCCAUUCAUAUUUGGACGAGUUUUUGUGUUUUCAAUGUUCUGUGUGUGGAUGAUUAGAAAUCACAAUUAUUUACCAUUACAACGCAACAUUACCCACAAUGUAACUUUCACACCAUCGUAGCCGAGACGAAAUGGACCAAACCUACUUUCAGUACGGUGUUGCCCAGUGAUUACGAUUUAGAAAGGUGUAUGUGUGUGUGUGUGUGUGGGGGGGAUUUCAUUCAAUUCACUGAAGUUGGUAUAGGAGGUUUAAUUGUAUAUAGUUGAUUUACUGUCAUCACACGGAUUUCCAGUGUGAAUUUAAUAUUUCAUUACUUCUUUAUUUGUUCAUUAACAUAUGUUGAAUUUUUCAGUUUUCCCCACAUGAAAUUACUAUAUAAUGGCAAAUUCGAAGGCAAGAUAAAUAAGUGGGCAGAAGCAGUCUGUAUGACAAUGUAAAUAUUGUUAAUCAAGUGUGUUGCAGAAUUUGUGGAAAGUAAUCCAAAACUAUGGGAUCAUCUACCAGCUGCAGCCAAGACUGCCUCAUCUGUUGACCAUUUCAAGAAAACCAAUAAAUCCUAUCUAUCUAUUGUUAACUGCUUACAGCAUUGAGCUAUAGGAAAGUGUAUUGCAUGUACUAAGCUGAUUCUUCUGAGGUGUUGAAUUAUUGUUUCAGUGGCCCAAACAUGGAGUAGUGUGUGUGUGCAGUGAUUUAAACCGAAAGGAAAAUGCACUUUAUCAAAUAUUUAUUAGAUUGGAUUGGAUAAGCUUUAUGGAUUAUCUCUACAUUACAACGAUAACAAUAUUGCUAAAAUAUAUUAAUUAAAAAACCUUUAA